CCGAUCGGGGGGCGGGGGCUGUUGGGGGAGAAGAGGGGGCGGCGGAACAUCAGAAAAGAAGGCGCAUAUCUACGCGCCCUUCUCAACCGCGGGAUCUUCCUUGCAAUGCAAGUGGGCUGGACUGGAUGACCCUCGGGGUCCCUUUCCCACUCGACCUCCCCCUGAGGCCCAUUCGGGGACGCCUGGCCGCUCUCCCUUCCCACUUCCUCUGAAGCCACACAGCCGGCCUCCUCAGUUGGAGCGGGCGGGGAAAAGGGAGCCGAGGAGGCCGGUGGGAGGAGACGCGCCGCCGCCGGCUGCCGAGCGAGCUUCUCCCGCCGCCUCCUGACGCGAUCACGGGGCGCCGCCGCGGGCCUGGCCGAGCAGCUCCCGGAGGCCGUGGCCCCCGCACCAUGCCCGGGGCGCGGGAGAAGACGCUCCUCCCCGGCUUGCAAGGCCUCCGCUAGAGGAGCCUGUACGAGGAGGCCCGUCUCUUUCCCUUUCUCCUCCUCUCCUUUCUCGGCGUCCGCGGCCGAGCCCCGCCUCUCCGCCGGGCUGGGCGGAGGCAGAGCCAGCCCGGCAGCAUGUGCUGAAGGCGCUGGGUGCUGGCCGAGCCCAGCCGCGUCUCCCUCUUCCCCUUCCUCCUCCUGCCGCUGCGCUUGCGAGGGACCCAGCACGGCCCGAUGGCUACGGAGGCGGCGACGACGGCGGGGCCCAGCGCCCGCCUGCCUUCGUCGCCCGCGCGGAGGGACUUCUACUGGCUCCGCUCGCUCCUCGCCGGAGGUAAACACGGAACAAUCCUCUUUAAUCGGUGGGCAGGGGUGGCGAGGCGAGGGGGCCGGCGGUCGCUUGGUGCUCGCACGACGCCCCCCCCCCAACAAAAAGAAAAAUCAAUGUUUUUGGACGCCCGGCUGCGUUUUCCCUUUUCGAGGGAAGCUCGGAAUCCCUUUAACUCUGAUCCGUGGAAUUCCCACGAUACGCUCGUCUUGGGUUUUUUGCUUACACGCGCCCACCGCGUUGCCCUUGACUCCGUUAGGCUCUCGUCGCUCUUCAAGGCUGCCUACUGUAGAGUUGAGAACCGAGGCGGAGCUUGUUCCUUGAAGGAGAAGCUAUACUUAUAGCCACGACACCUGUCCCGGGGUCGGAUUCUGCUCUGCUUUGCCCCGAGUCCUCCUUCCUCCCCGAGCUUCCUUGGUAUAAAUAGUAGAUCGAACCGAGCUGAUACGGCAGACUUAAUGAAACUCUGAAAGAUAGUGUCUAUUUCCUAAGAACUUGACAUGCAUACCUGUAUCUGUUCCCUAGGUAAGAAAGAGACAUAGUAAUGUACUACAGGCAAACAUCUUGAACCCUGCUUAAUAACUGUUAUCAGAUUAAUUGUAAGCAGAAUCAACAAUAAGCAUAAGACAGCAGCUUGCUUUCCCCCCUAACCUUGAAAGAUCUGACGUUCAAAGGUUAUUUAAAUGACAGUUGUAAAGUGGUAAGGAAAGAAUAACUGGAGGUACCACUGUAUUGCAUCCUAAACUGCUUGCGAGCUUUUGUAUCAUUUGUAGUUGAUCUGGCUUGGAAGUUGAAUGAUACAGCACAGAUGGUGCAUAAGGCUCGGUGGUAUGGUGAUGGUUGAGAGUUAACAUCUUGAUACAACUUCUUUGUGGGAGGUGGACCUUUAACAGAAGAAGAUACUAUAAAAGAGCUGAUCCAUAAUUACUGCUGAGCUGUACCAAUAUUUAGUGAUUGAUUUGGAAGGGCUGGAGUUGGUGAGCCUUAUGAAAAAGUAUUUGAUGCCUUGAUCUACUUGGCAAAGAUACCGCUAUACUUGCAAUAAAUUAAAUAAAUAAGUACACUACCUAUAAUGGGUUCUCUGUCUGCUGAAUCACAUGCCCAUAUUUCAAAAGAGUAGUCCUGUUGUAGCAAACACUGUUGUUAAGGUUUCAUAAGAUUCUUUAUUGUUUUCAUAUGACCAGGAGUGUUAGGUUUUUCACAACUUGGAGGAGAUAUUAGGAAACAGAAUCUCCACUGUAAGGUGAGGCAUUCCUGGAAAUGAACAUCAGCAUAUAUAGUACAAUGAAUCAGCUUUAUGUUGCUAAAAGAAAAUGGAACAGAAUGGGAAACCUUGUGCAUAGAUUGCAUAACAUGACUACUUUGCCAGAGAGAUAAUGCCCACUGAGUGAGGGAGGCCAUGCUUUUCAGGUAUGGGAUGAACCUUGAAAAGAUAAAACUUUAAAAAUAACUUGCUGAAUGUUUGACAUGCUGUAACAUUUGGCAGUCAGCAAACAGAGUUGUUCAUUUUUGUCUCUGAAAGGUGUUGCGGGAUGCUGUGCCAAAACAACCAUUGCGCCAUUGGAUCGAGUAAAGAUUUUGUUACAAGCCCAUAAUCGUCAUUACAAAAAUCUUGGUAAGACAGUUUUCGUGUAUUUUGCAUUCUUGUAUUUGUAAGGGAAGUAUAUUUCAUUUUCAAUUUACUGCAAUAUUGUCAGCAAAUACAGCAUUUGGAGGCAAAUUUGUGUUUAAUCCCUGUGCGUUUCAAUGAGAUUUCAAAGUUACCGUAUUUUUUGCUCUAUAAGACUCACUUUUUCCCUCCUAAAAAGUAAGGGGAAAUGUGUGUGCAUCUUAUGGAGCGAAUGCAGGCUGCGCAGCUAUCCCAGAAGCCAGAACAGCAAGAGGGAUUGCUGCUUUCACUGCACAGUGAUCCCUCUUGCUGUUCUGGCUUCUAAGAUUCAGAAUUUUUUUCUUCUUGUUUUCCUCCUCCAAAAACUAGGUCCGUCUUGUGGUCUGGUACGUCUUAUAGAGUGAAAAAUACGGUAAAUUUUGCAAACCUUGAAUUUGAAAGAUAGGGUUGAUACUGUUUUUUUCUCCACGGGUUAGAUAUACAGACAGUGACCAUUUUGUGCAGGGGUUCCAUUCUCCCUCCCCAUGUGUCAUGUAGCGCAUAUAAGUGCACCCUGCCCUGUUACCCCCCACUCCGCCCCCGUUAUGCCCGUUUCCCUUACUCCUCCGUUCUGACCCAUGUGUCAGUGAUCACACAUCAAUUGGCUGGGCCUUACAUGGUCACUGCCAGCACUUUAUAAAAAUGGCCGGCUUUCUUUAAAAUUAAUGUUGCCAGGAAUUCUUUUCAGAGCUGGAACCCACAUUUAGCCUAAACAUGAAUUUGGAGACUCACUUCUUCAUGAUUCUCCAUAUAUUUUUAUGGUGCUAGUCAUGCUAGUCAUGCUCAUAGCCAGGAAAAAUUGAAGGUAUAGUUUGACUCCUGUAUUCUGAUUCACAGUGAAUGGAAGCCAGUAAACCCAAUAAAAAUUCAGAUCAUUCUUAAAAGCAUGGGGGAGAUGUUCAUGAUGCUAUAUUUUAAGGUUAAGCUGCUCUCAUUUGUUCCCCCAUUUUGUAUGACAGAAUCAACAUUGGCUUAGUAUGAUUACCAGUAGCCUUGUCUGAGGCCCUCAGCUGUGGGGACUUCACUCAUUCUCCUCUCCAACUGAACAUUGUCACUGACCUCACAUGGAUGUUGGAAAAUCCCACUGAGUUAUUUUACUCACCAAGGAGUGAACAUAGUUGUACUUACUGUAUUUACUUGAAUCUAAUGUGCACCUUUUUUGGCCAAAUCACGUUGAGAAAAUUAAGUGCGCAUUAGAUUCAGUGGCACAUUUACAUUCGCCAGCAAAUACUUUUUUUGGUUUCAAGGUUCUGAAAAUUGUGGUGCACAUUAGAUUUGAUGGCACAUUAUACUCAAGUAAAUAUGGUAUUUCUGUGUAGCUAUGUGUAAGAUUGGGAGAAGAGAGGCAAACUCCUAGUUUGCACACACUUCGACUUGAUUGCCAAGUUUAGCUGAAAUUGGUAAAUGUUUUAGCACAAUGUGAUGAAAGAAGUUCUAAGGACACUCUAUAUUAAGAGGUCCUAAUAUGAUAUUACUUUGUCCAAAUUGCCAAUAUGGUAUAAUGUAGCCCCCCCCAAAAAAGAAUGCUUCUGUGUUUAUUAUAAUUUUUUAGAUCAGUUUUAAAAUGUUUUGAUUAACUAAAAAGGCGCCCCAUUUAAAUCAGUAGAUUAAAAAAACCCCUAUUUUUAAAUACAUAUCCUGAUAGAAACUGCAGUUAGUGAAUACUCCCUUAACAGGUGUUUAGUUUGGAAUGUGUGUGAGAGAAUGGGGAAUGUUGCUAAGAAAAUCUGAUAUAGCACUUGUGUGCAUAAACUAAAAACAGAGGGUUUUCUGUAGAAAGGUAAGUGGAAUGAAAAUAUAUCUUUUUAUUUGAUUCUAGCAUGCUGAGGGUGUAUUUGUUGCAGGCUUGCAAACAUUCUAACCACAUGUGUCCCUGAACACAGCAAGGUUUGUAGAAGUUAGGUGAGGCUGAGUAAAUAUCAGCACAGACUGUUUGAGCAAAGUCCUCCUCCACUGUUUAUAUGCCAUUAUCAGAUGUCAUUUUUCCUUCCUCCCGAGUUUUGAGAUCCGACUUUCCCUUUUUAUUUCUUCUUCCAGUUACUAUUUUGGGGGGUUGUUAAUAGAAAUUUUGAUUUAGUCUCUCAUUUGUCCACUCACCAUUUCUCUUCACUUUUCGGUUCUGUCAGCCUGUUUCUAUCAUUCCUCCUGCCUAGCUUCCUGAACAUGCUGUUUAUCUUAUGAUAAAAUCUUCUUGUACUUUGUUGGAUCGUUUAGCUAUCACUUUCUGUUGGUUGGUCUGAUCAUUUUCUUUUUGUUUUCAUCCUUUAUUCAUCACAGGCGUGAUCUCUACAUUGCGUGCUGUUCCCAAAAAGGAGGGCUACCUGGGAUUCUAUAAAGGAAAUGGAGCAAUGAUGAUUAGAAUAUUUCCAUAUGGUGCAAUUCAGUUUACAGCAUUUGGCCAGUAUAAAAAGGUAGCUGCAUUUAACUUCCCUGAUGUCAGCUGUACUAUCUGUGGUUGGUUAAUAUGUAUAAAUUGACAUAUUUAUUAUGUAUAACUGCCAGUUGCCUUGUUUCUUUCCCCCCAAAAGAGUGAUUUGAGUAAUGCAAUUACUUCCAGUUUUUUAUGUUUAUGCUGUAAACAUCAAGACUGUUACCUCUGCAAGUCUAAUUAAAAACUAAAAUUGAACAGUAUAACAGUAAUGAUGGGUUGAGUGAGGCCAAAUAAACUUGAGCCCAGCAAGAGAAAUUAAAGGAGGAGCGGCAAAAAAAAGCACUCUUGUUAGGGGCCUCGGGAUAUACCACAGCAUUUUGUGGUCGGACAUCACUUGUAUAAAUUGAAAUAUAUUAUGAGUUGCAUAAAACUUGUUGAAUUUCUUAAUACCAGUUACCCUCUCUACAUUAUGGACAUUUAUAGACCUAUAAAUACGUUAUCUAUUUAAGCAAAUCAUUUUACAUUUCAUUCUAUAUAUCAUUAAAAUGUCAAAUAUGUCUUUGUAUGUAAAUCACAUAAUCUGCACAAGUUGGCUCUUUCCGACUUCGAUAUGAAAUGGAGCAAUGGGAAUAUGCAAGUACAGUGGUACCUUGGUUUAAGAACAGCUUAGUUUAUGAACAACUUGGUUUAAGAAUGCUGCAAACCCAGAAGUAGGUGCUUUGGUUUGUGAACUUUGCCUUGGAAUAAGAACAUGUUUUGCUUCCUGUUAAGUGUGUUCCAUUUGUAAAGUGAGUCCCCCACUGCUUUGGGAAAGCACACCUUGGUUUAAAAACGGACUUCCAGAACGGAUUAAGUUCGUAAACCAAGGUAGCACUGUACCAAUUUCUAAAUAACUGUUUAUCCCAAAUGCUUACAUAUGGUAUAAAAUGGAUAACAGCAUGUAUAAGAGUAGUGUUUGAGAUACAACACAGCCUUUUCUUUAGUGGUGUUUACCCUUGGAAUUCUCUGCGCCUGGAGAGCUGCCAGGCUGCUUCUCUUUCCGUAGAUCAGUGGUUUUCAACUAGUGUGCUGUGGCACCCUGGAGUGCCUUGAAUGAUGGUUAGGGGUGCUGCAUGGUGCCUCUGGGAAGCACCUCUCUUUGGGGUGGCGGGGGCAAGGGGAAGGGUGUCAGCUCAGAGACCAGGGACGGCAGCAGCAGCAGCUGCCCAGAGGACUCCCAAGGAGAGGGGAGGAGGCUGAGGGAACACUCCACAAGGGAGGGGUGUUUGAAAAGGGGUGAGGGGCUGCCAUCUCUGCGGGCAAGGGGUGACAUAACUGGGCUCCUGAGCUCCUCAGGGGUGCCGCAGAAAGAAUGUACCGUAUUUUUCACCCUAUAGGACGCACUUUUUCCCCUCCAAAAAUGAAGGGGAAAUGUGUGUGCAUCCUAUGGGGCAAAUGCAGGCUUUCACUGAAGCCUGGAGAGCGAGAGGGGUCGGUGCACACGACCCCUCUCGCUCUCCAGGCUUCAGGAAGCUAUCCGCAAGCCUUGGGAGCCCGCGGGAGUUCCCGCCGGGCUCCCACGGCUUGCGGAGAGCUGCCUGCAUCCCGAAGCCUGGGUGUGCUGAGCAGUCGCGCCUGGGCUUCGGGUAGCUCUGUGCAAGCCGCGGGAGCCCUCCCACGGCUUGCGGAGAGCAGCCUGUUCUGGGGGCUGGGGUCGGGGGAAGCUCGGGCUUCCCCCGCCCCAGCCCCGCGCCUGGGGGGGAAAUAAUUCCCCCCCCUUUAUUUCCCCCGAAAACACUAGGUGCGCCCUAUGGGGCGAAAAAUACGGUAGUUGGUCAAGGGAGCUGUGGACCCAAAAAGGUUGAAAACCUCUGCUAUAGAUCGAUGAAGGGUUUUCCCAGCUAUUGGGGAUAUGGAAUCACUGCUAUUGGUGCACUUAGGAACUUAGUACUGCAACGAGGGGUGGGGUGGAGGGGAAUCCUGAGGUUUGCAGAAUUGCAAUGCAUUUUUCAAACAUACAAAAAAACCUCCUAAGUAGCAAAAGAAAAAAAACAGACAAUUAGCUGUCGAAGGAUAUGAUGCACCCCCCCAUAUUUGAUGCGCUGUGUUCACUUUAAUCAAAACUUUUCUUUUGUAAGACAUCGCAAAAAAAUCAAAAUCAGAAAUUGGAGCCCCCAAAGUGGUGCCCAUCAGAUGCCUCCUUGGUAACUGCCAAGUCUCUUUACGUCUCUCAUUAUUUUAUUACUGGUCUGGGGACUUUUUUCCCUUGUUUGUUUAAAUGGGAGGAUUGUCUGCUUUGGGGAUGUUGCCUGCUUUAUUGUUUGUUUUAUUUUUUGAGGUGGUUUAGUUGUUUUGCCUGGGUUCCUUUGUUUGGUUAUGACAAUGGGAGGGAUGUCUGAGCAUUGCCAGCUUUUCUGUGUAAUGGGUACUUUGUGGUGCCUGCAAGAUUCUUUGAUUUCAAAAGACUCUCCCGGGCCUGAAACAACUUCUGAUCUAUGGGAAGAAAGCAAGUUUAUGACAAAUCCUAGCACUACAGGAAACCAAUAAAUAAACCAAUAAAAUAAAAAUAAGACUGUAGUACUGUCAGACAGCAAGAACUGGCAUUGCUAUAACAUAAACCAAAAUGAAAAUAGUUUAUUAAGAUAUCAGUUGUAUAUAAAUACCUUAAAAUAAAUAUAAGGGUGUUGUUUUGCCACCCUGGUUGCCUUUGGGAGGAAGGGUGGGAUAUAAAUUAAAUAAGAAAUAUAGUAAAGUAGUGUUGAGACUGUUAUUUAAAAUGUAGUCAGAAGCAUUAAACCAUUUGUGUUUGUUUUCAAUCUGCUGACCAGUGAAGCUCACUUAAAGUGUGCUGAAGGAUUAUUGUUUUUUCACUCUAUAUAUUUGAUCUUUUCAUAGAUGAUAAAGCAGAAGCUUGGCAUUUCUGGGCAUAUUCACCGGUUAAUGGCUGGAUCCAUGGCAGGUAUUGCCUUCUUAUGUAUAUUUAACUAUUCUUUUGUUUUGCUUGCCAAUCUUUAAAUUGCAAUUUAGUAAUCAAAGUCCAAGCUAAAGGCUGUUGUCUUUAAUCAGUUAAAGUUAAUAAAAUAGGUAAUAGAAUCAUAGAAUUGUAGAGUCCAAACGCCUGCAGUGCAGGAAUCCCUUUAUCCACGUGGUGCUUGAACCUGCGACCCUGAGAUUAAGAGUCUCCUAACAGCAUCCAAAUCCAUUUGCAUGAUCAGAAGUGGCUAUAAAACUUUCUGAACAAGAAAGCUGUGGUUUACAUGCUCUCCCACUCUUUCCUGAUGGCUGUAGCAAGCAGGGCAUACACAAGUAUAUAGUCAGAAUUCCUUUCCAGUGGUAGCCACCUAUGUGCUUCUGAGAAGUUCACAAGAAAGCCAUGUGUUCUUCACCUUUGGAUAGUCAGAGGGUCAUGGUUGCAUUUUUGCUUACCCUAGCUAUUAGCCAGUCAUAAUUCCACAUUUGUAUAGCCCCCUUUUAAAAAAGCCAUUUAGGAUGUCUUGCAUGAUGAAAUACUUGGAUUUUAUCUUUCCCAAGUCCAUUGCUAAUCAAUUUCAUUUGGGUAUCCUUGAAUGCUAGUAUUAAACAGGGAGAAAUAUCUCCCCACCCCAAUUAUAGUUUGUUAGGCAUCAUAACAAGGUAAAUGCUCCUGAGGUCUAUUUUAACUACGUCAUAAUCCUCAUGGAUUGAAAUAGUUGGUUAGAGCAUCUUUUCCCUCUACAUAACAGUACACAAAACUGCAACACAUGGAAAUAAUUUCACAAGGAACUACAUAUUUAUGGUCUCUGAAAUGUAUGUGUAAGCCGAGGAAUAGAAAGGGGUAAGAGAGAGAAAUAAAAAGGAGAAGGAAAUAGAAAGGGAAAUUCACUGCCAAGAAAUUAUGGGGUAGCAAUAACACCUUUCCUGGUGUAGCUGGCAGGGCACAUCUAGUGCAGAUGGAGAUCUAAUGUAUUAUAUAAGAAAUGAGCACAUGAACAGUCUUCACAUUUUUAGGUAUACUGCAAGAGUGGCCUGGAUAAUAUUAAUAUGGAAGGAAGAAUGAAAACACACUGAAAUGCGCAAUCUGAAUGUGAAUUUGAGGUUUUGUAUUAGUGGUGCUAACACCAAUGUAGUUUGAGCAUUAGAAAUGCAGAGAAAACUUGUGAAAACUUCCAUGGUUCUUGUUUCAUUUCAUUUCACUUUUAAUUUGUAUACUGCCUUUCUUUAUUACUAUACACAAGUUGGUUUACAAGCUGAAGAAACAACAAAGAUCGCACAAGUUAUUAACAACCUGAUCCAAUACAGAAAUGUCAGAAUUAAACAUAUUUAAAAUAGACUUGUAUCAAAUAAAGUAAUAUUCAGUAAUCCAUUAGAAUAUAAUACUACACAAUAAAAUAAAAUAAAAUAUCAGCAAAAAAUAAUUAAACAGAAAUUCACUCUUAACAAUUAUAAUAAUUAAUUUCUAAACUCUAAUCAGUUAAAAAUGAAAGCAAGUCACAGUGCAUAAAUUAACACAAAACAAAUUGAGAAGUAAAGACACAAAUUGAGAAGCAAAGACGCAUAAAAUUAACCCCCCCCCCAAUAGUCAUCCUUCUAGCACUAGGGGGGGAAAUUCCUUUGCAUCAAGGCUAUGGGGGGGGGGGGAACGCCAAGAAAAGUCUGUUGUAAUGCGUCUUUUCGAAGUAGCAAAGAUAAACAUUAUGGGGAAAACUUUCCACCCUGGAUUUCCUGAGUCCUGUGUAAUUCAAAUCUUGGUAGUAACUCUUCAUUGGUGGAUAAUUGCCUUAGUCUCCUUUAAGGAAAAAACAACUAGACUGAAGCAGACGGGAAAACAUGAUUUCAGCUAUUCAAAACACAAGUGCCCUUCAUCCCAGGCAUUUUGAGAACAAAGGGAUUUAAGCCUUCCAAAUGCAAAAGCAGGAAAAAGUACCAAACACAUAUGGUUAUGCUGGCUUCAUUUCCUUGGGGGUGGGGUGGGGAUAGUGUGCUAGUUUAAGCAUAUGAAACAUGCACAUUUUAAAAGUGUCAUUCCAAGUUGCAGUGAUUUUAAGGAAGCAGCUUAGGUCUUAACCAGAGUGUGGCUUAACUGAUUCCUGAAAGUUCUGCAUGACGUCAUUCAUUCCUCUGUGCAGCCUCCCUGACUUUAGCAUGUUACUUGCAUAAAAAUUAUCUGUGUUCCCAACUCUUUAGAGAAGUUACUUAUAAGCAUGAAAGUACAAGUCCUCCAAAUGUGAAAACAAGGUUGAGUUUAAAAAAUCACCCUCUAUUUAAAGGACCCUUUGUGUUUUUCUGUUAGCGAUGUUCUUGAUAUUGGCAUGUCAUAACUGUGUUGCCCAGUUCAGGUCGUAUUUGUGGUUUUUUUGUUUUGAAGGUAUAACUGCAGUAAUUUGCACUUACCCUCUUGACAUGGUGAGAGCACGUCUGGCAUUCCAAGUAAAAGGGGAUCACACAUACACUGGAAUUAUUCAUGCAUUCAAGACCAUUUAUACAAAGGUAGCUUGUUUAUCUCUUUUGUUUUAGUGCUAUUGUGUUGCUGGUUUCUGAGGCUAAUAAUUUUUUUAAAAAACAAGCUUUUAAGGAUCUUGAAACAGCUGUUCUGUGUAAACAUCUCUCACUCUGUGAGAGAUGCUGUUUGUGGCAGAGUGAAAAAUACAGUUUUGAAAAUGAUACUGCUCAUGAGAUUUGAUAGUGGUUCACAACAUAAAACAAUAGAAACAUUUAUAUUUUAAAUGUUACGAUUAUCUGUCAGCCCUCUUGUGUGGCUGUGCCCUAGAAUGCACCCUAAAUCAUAGUAACAAAUAAAACCAUUCCUAGUAAACAGCAAAAUCGGCAAAACAAACUGAACAAGAGCAUGCAAUAGUAAAAAAAAAGCAUACUCUUAAGUCAUCAACUCUUUGGAAGUACAAUAGAAGACACAGUUUUGUCUUUUUGGGAGAGAGUUUCAGAGCGGUGAGGCUGCCUCAGAGCACCAAACUAGGUGCACACAUGCUUAAUAAACAUGUAUACCUGUGUACCUCUAGGAGCAACUCCACCCCCAUCAUUCUGAGAUCCACAACUGGGUUUGUCCCUGAAAGUUUGGAUCAGAUCACAAAAUUUGCUUAUAAAGAGACACCUUUUUAAAAAAAAAAAAAAAACCUGACCAAAAGGAAAAGACUGAUUUCAUUUACAUGUGCAAAACAUCACUCUAAUCUAAUGUAUAUGUGCACUUUGUACUCAGUGCAAUUAAAUAUUUGUUGUUUGUUUGUUCUUUUCAUCAUUGGCUUACUCCAAAAGGAAGGUGGUUUGCAAGGAUUUUAUCGAGGGCUUACGCCAACGGUUGUAGGAAUGGCUCCAUAUGCAGGUGAGUUGAACUUGAAUGAGAGUCUUUCCCAGUGAACCACUUGGUGUUUAAUUUUGAUUCGCAAAACUGUUCACAUUGCUGCUGUUAAAAUAAAAAUUGCACAUGUUUAGUGGUGCUAGGAUUUGCGUAGAUACCAGCAGAGAAGGUUGUUGCCGGGAAUUUAUUAUAUAAUUAUAGUGACUUGUUUGUGGAACGUGCCCCCCAACUAGUACAGAUGUACACUGAGAGCCAUCUAUAAAAUGCUCUACUGACUGUCCUUAGUUGUCCUAACAGUCUGAAAGAUCUGCAUAAGCACAAAAUCACUGGUAAAGUAAACAACUAUUACAGACUGUUAACAAAAAUGGAAAUAUGCAUUCUUAUAGCCACAUGGAGUCUCUUUUUUCUUUGAAUUUUAAACAGUGUUAUUGACAUCUAUUCCACUAUGCAUUCUAGAAUUUAUAGGGGUUGUUUUUGCACCAGUCUAUCUGCACUUGUAUAUUCCUCAAUUCUGAAACCAAUUGUACGGUUCCUGUUGCCUUUUGUCUUGACUGCUGGUGUUGAUUUUGAGUAUCUCCUAUCACUUUUAUCUUUCAUUUGUAGUGGGGAAGGUAGUUUUCUAAUAUCAAUACAUGUUUCACUGCACCUGGAAUAGACUGAAAGGUGUAGCAUGGCAUUUACAUAUUCAUUUCCUUUCCAGAAGCAUUUUAACUCUUCCCCAUAACACCCGUGUGAAGUUUUUCUCACCUGCCUAUCUAUCAGUACUAAGUGCCUUCAAGAACCCCAGCCUGGUUCUUAUCAUUAGAUCCCCCUGCUGAGCCCCUCACUCUUCCAAAGUAAAGAUAGAACUCUUCUCAUCCUUUGGCACCUAUUUAUUUUUUAUUCUGGUUCAGGGUUCCUGUCACCCUUCUUAAUUUCUGGCAGGUAGGGACCUUACCUACUCUGUUGCUUAGUAUAGCACCUCUUUCUGACUUUCCACUGUGCAAAUUACCCAUAGACAACCUCCUGUCCUCCCCCCUUAACUCUCUCUCAGACUGGUUCCCUUUAGCCAGAGCUUACCAACCUUCCUUCUGCUUGCUAUUUCAUUUACCACAACUACUUCCCUGCAAAGUUUCUCAGCCCAUAGUUACCCAUUCUUGCCCUCUCCUAUUCACCAUCAAGCUUCUUCCUCCAUAUUUGGCCCCCUGCUUCUGUAUAUGCACAUGGUCUCCUUCUUCCAUACACACAUUCUUCUUCCUUCUCCCUCUCCCUCUCUCUCUCUCUCUCUCUCUCCCCUCACACACACAUUUACAGUGGUACCUCGGGUUAAGUACUUAAUUCAUUUCGGAGGUCCGUUUUUAACCUGAAACUGUUCUUAACCUGAAGCACCACUUUAGCUAAUGGUGCCUCCCAUUGCUGCUGUGCCAUCGGAGCACAAUUUCUGUUCUCAUCCUGAAGCAAAGUUCUUAACCCGAGGUACUAUUUCUGGGUUAGCGAAGUCUGUAACCUGAAGCGUAUGUAACCCGAGGUACCGCUGUACAUGCUUCGGUUCCCAAGGUGCUACUUUGAGGCAUUCCUCAAGGUCUCUCCAAAGCACCAUAGGAACUGUGGUGCCUGGUGCACCUCACACCCCAAUUAAAACUCUGAAAAUACACAACCCAACAUAAUUCCCACAUCCCGGAUACUUUGUGCCAGAUUUCGGCGUUGGUGUCAGAUGCAAGUGAUAAACAAAAACAAAGAUUGGUUCUUCAAUACAUACUUGACAACAAUUUCACAAUGUGACUAUCCUCAAACAGAGAAGAUAUGACUCAGCUAUGACUAAGCCAGAGCUUUCCAGACUUUUCAUGUUGGUGACAGACUUUUCGUGACACAGUAACACAGUUUUACUAGCAAACCAGAGGUUAAACUCACCCCUUUCCAGCCCCGGGAGGAGCACGGGAAGCGUUCACGUGACAUACCUACACACUACAGCCAACACACUGGUGUUGUGACAGAGUUUGGAAAGCUUUGAUAAGUAUCAUUGAUUUUUUUUCCUCCAUGAGGAAAGAGCUUGGUGCAAGCUCUACACUCCUUUUUAUAUAUGAGUUUUAACUGUGCUUAACCUUUGGUUGGAUUGUGCCUUUGUUGUUGAUGCAGCUUGUUGUGGUAUUGUUUCCAUUAAAGUUACAUUUUUCCCUUUCAGGUUUCCAUUAAAGUUACAUUUUUCCCUUUCAGGUUUCUCAUUUUUUACCUUUGGUACCUUAAAGAGUGUGGGACUUGCCCAAGCGCCUACCCUGCUUGGGAAGCCUUGCUUAGAUAAUCCUGAUGUCUUAGUUUUGAAAACUCAUGUAAAUUUGCUGUGUGGUGGCAUAGCUGGAGCAAUAGCACAGACAAUAUCGUAAGUUUUUCUAGUAUUUUACUGCACUGAAUUGUUAGGAUAGCUUGCAUUAGUAUUGUAAGUAAACAAAAUUCCUACCUUGGAAAUCAUGAAAUUUUAAUUUUGUCAUAAUCUAAGGCAUCAGCCACACCUUUGCGGUAUGGGAGGAAAGCCUAUUGCUCAAUUUAAAAUGGGGCAAUAAUGCCCCAGGCAAAAAGAAACUUUCAUACUAUAAUAGUAAAGAACAGUAUAUUAUGGCAUUUGACACCAGAGAUAUCUAUUUUCAGGUCUCGCCCUAUGUUUUGUGAUUGCAUUUUUUAAGGUUUCAAACUGUUUUUUGUAUUGUAUCUUAAAUUGUUGUAAUCCACCUUAGGCUGAACCUUAGGCUGCUGCUGUUGCUGCUGAUAAUCAUGAUGAUGAUACAUGCUGCUGACAGCAUAUUGUAUUCUGCAAAAGUUUUUGAAGGCUGCAACUCUUAUUCAUUAUGACUUCCUUCAAAAACAUUUGAACUGAUCAGCUUGUUUAUUGAUAAGAGUGCAGUCCAUUAGGCAACUGCUUUCUCUGUCAAUUUAGUAAAACUGUACUAUUCCAGCUGGAAGUUGGAAAAUCAUAAUCUUUAUACAGCAGUGAUAAUGUGAGUUAUAAUAACUUGUAUAGUUGUCAAAUUAAACCUCCGGGAGGAUCAGAGAAUGGUUGGAGUACCUCAUACUACCAAUUUGCUAAGCCAAGCCUAUCUGCACUUGAUCAAUGACUAAAAGUCCCAUGUAAGAGCAGUGCACAAAUAUAAUAAAAAAACUAAAAAGCUAGACCCCAGAACAUGUUGUUUUCCAAGGAAGGGUUUUCAAAAUCCAACUUUAAACGUGAGAAAGUAAAACAAACCUUAAUAAGGCUACAAUCCUAUUCCCACUUGCCUAGGAGUAAGCCCUAUUGAACUUAGUGGGACUUAUUUCUGAGUAGAAAUGUUUAGGAUUGCACAGUAAAUAUGUAUUGUAACAUACAAUAAAUGUUUUUCCAAUAUAGUAUUUAUGAAUUACAUAGGCUGGCAUUCACAUUAAAAUGUAUUUUAAUUUUCUCAGUUUAAGUAUUAGACUGAGAAAAUUAAAACACAUUUCUCUGUAUCCUUACCUAUCAUUCCUUUUUUUCCAAGGAGCUCAUGGUAGCAUAAAUAAGUUCUUUCCCCAUUUUAUCCUCACAACAGCCCUGUGUGGUAGGCUAGGCUGAGAAUUAAUGACUGACCCAAGGCCACCCAAUGAGUUUCAUGGCUGAGUGAGGAUUUGAAUCUGGCUCUUAUGUAACACUAACUGCUAAACCACACUGGCAGUACAGGGUGUUAAGAAUUUUAGAUGCUGCUUUAAAUAUUAUAAGUCAGAAAUUUAAAAAAAAAUGAGCUGCAAAGGUGUUCCACACAACUUGAUGCCAGUGAGUUCCAUUAUUUUCCCCCUGGCAUCUCCUUUUCACAUAUAAUAUGUUAAGUUGUGUGAUGGGCAGGUAUGUUACAUUUUUUUUACUAUGGUGUCAGUAAAGGAGGUGUAAGCAUGUGCUUUCAUUGAGAGAGCAGAAUACGAGGGAUUUAAAUGCUUAAUUUGGGCUGGAUUGUGGCCUUUUUCUGUUUACUUCAUCCAGUGCAAAUGUGGUAUUGAGCCUUAAACCUUGUUUUUACACAAACCAUGUUUAGCUUCAGAGAUUAUAUUUCUAUGAAACUGAAUACAUAUUUGUUUGAUUUUUUGUGUUUAUUUUUCUGAUAACUUUAAGUAGCAUAAACUUGAACCUCCUAUUUUCUUGUAAAGGAAACCCUAAUGUAAAGAAGUUCAUAGUUCUGUAAAAACAGUUUGUGCUUAACAUGCAAAAAAUCAUAGGCUCUAUCCUCAGCAUCUCCUUUCUAAAAAAAAUGUGUGGGAGAUCUUCGACAUUGGAACUAGGUAAUACCUUUGCCUGAGACUUAGAACAGCUGAUUCUAGUCAGAGUAGACACUGUAUUUACACGAAUCUAAUGUGCCAUCAAAUCUAAUGCGCAUCUCAAUUUUCAAAACCUUGAAACCAAAAAAUUAUUUGCUGGCAAAUGUAAAUGCACCAUCAAAUCUAAUGUGCAUCCUAAUUUUCGUGAUGUAAUUCGGCCAAAAAAGGUGUGCAUUACAUUCGAGUAAAUACGUUAAUACUGGGAUAGGUUGACUAAUGAUCUGAUUUAGUAUAAGACACCAUCAUAUGUUCCACACAGUUCUUAUUUCUCAUAUGAAUUUCCUUUAACUGUAUUUCAUUGUGCAAAUACUUUCAGCACUGUGGGUUUUUUUUUUUAAUUUUAAAUUUAUUGUACAACAAAAAGCAGACAAUACACACAAAGAAAAAAGCAACAACACACAAAGAAAAACAAACAACAAAAUAAUGUAGGUUCAACACAAAGAGCUUGUUUUGGGGAAAAAACCCAUCUUUUUCUUCCCAGAUAUCCUCUUGAUGUAACACGUAGACGAAUGCAGUUGGGAGCAAUACUUCCGGAGUCCGAAAAGUGCCUGUAAGUUUAGUUUAGUGCCUUAAAUGAAAUUGAAAACUGAUAUCUUAUUCUGCUACUUUAUAAUAAAGGUAAAGGUACCCCUGCCCGUACGGGCCAGUCGUGUCCGACUCUAGGGUUGUGCGCUCAUCUCACUUAAGAGGCUGGGGGCCAGCGCUGUCCGGAGACACUUCUGGGUCACGUGGCCAGCGUGACAAAGCUGCUCUGGCGAGCCAGCACCAGCGCAGCACACGGAAACGCUGUUUACCUUCCCGCUAUAAAGCGGUACCUAUUUAUCUACUUGCACUUAGGGGUGCUUUCGAACUGCUAGGUGGGCAGGAGCUGGGACCGAAAGACGGGAGCUCACCCUGCCGCGGGGAUUUGAACCGCCAACCAUGCAAUCGGCAAGUCCUAGGCGCUGAGGUUUUACCCACAGCGCCACCCGCGUCCCUCUAUAGCUCUUUACAAUUUUAGCAUCCUUUUCUUGUCCUUUGGUUAAAAGAUAUAUAUUAUUUGCAAAGUUACGAAAUUUAUACCAGUCAAGGAUGCAUUUUGGCAAAUUUCUACAGUGGUACAUUCAAAAAAAGGGGGUAGAGAUUUGUUCUCAGUGUAUGAUCCUAAUGCAUCAGUUUCCUUCCAUCACGUCUUAUCCUUGAUGAAGAGAUGGGAUUUUGUCAGUUUUUAAUAGGCUGUGUCACUAUAUGAACCAUAGUGGACCCAAGUUUUCAAAAACAGCAGAUGAAAGAGGUCUAAGUUAGUUUCUGGACUGUGUCCCUUCAGACUACAGGUGGGGAUUCAUUCACACAACAGUUGGUCGCGUCUCCAUACACAACUGGCAUGUCAGCAAGAAUUCUCGCCUUAGUCACCCUUCCGAAAUGCUGGUUGGUUCUUCCAUAUAACCUGCACAUAGAAUUGAGAUUCAGUCCCUUCAAUCAAAUCCCAUCUGCCAUUUAAAGUGAUACAGUCCUGAAACAGGCUUCCCAUUGCAUUUCCACCCCUCCAAAAUGAUUAACAGUUCAUUGUGUUGUGCACAUCAGAGGCAGUUCAACUGUGCUGUAAGGAGAAGUGGCUGCCACAAAUGACUGGUCUAGUAUGCAUUCUGGGGUUGCAGAAUAGCAGCUCUGAGCCACAGGCCACAAAUUAGAAAUGAAGACUUCUUGAUGCAUUGUGGCUAGAGUCCUCAACAAGCCUUUGGUGAUUUUUGUCCUAAUCGUUAUCGGACUUGAACUUUUAAAAUAUGUUUUUAUUGUUAAAUUUCUUCAGGAUGUUUUUUGGAAAGCGAUUGAUUGAUUGAUUGAUUGAUUUGGAUGUGAAGGCCCAGGACUUCCCAUAGACUAUUCCUCAUAUCCUGUUUUCAUCUCUCUCUUUAAAUUGCUGACAAGAAACAGCCUGCUACAAAACUAAGGCAGUUAUGCUUUUUGAGGUUGCAACCCUAUACAGUAUGCAUUUACCUGGGAGUGAGCUCCACUAAGAUAACUGGAUCUGAGGAAGCAUUGAUAGAAUUGCUCUGUAAAUUUCAUAAAUAUGCCAAAUACAACAAUCUUACUGGUUUAUUACUUUAUAAAUAAUGCAUUUUGUUACAGUACAGGUCAGAUAAGAAAAUGAAUAUUGCAUAGACUUCCUAAGGGAAUAAACAUUUUCCUCAUGACUCCAAAUUUUCCAGAAAUUUUACAUUUUUGGGUAGUGUUCUAUGUAAUUUUUACUAAUUUCCGUGUAACUUUUCCGGGAGACUUCCUGGUGGAUUGUGUUGCUUGUUAUGGUGGAUUGAGUCCUAGUUCGUAAGUAGGAGAUGUGGGACGGUUGGAUUUUCAACCUAAAGCAACAAAUAUUUGUGCCUUUUCUGCAUGCUAUAUUUCUUAUGUCCUUUCCGUAUGUUAACAAAGAGACCUAAUCCACAACUUGACAAAGUUUUGCACCCUCCUUUUAACAACCACCUUGCUUUUCCCCCCGUCCAAUUUCCUGUGCUGCAUGAGUGAAAACAUUUUGUAGCAAUUUUUAGUAACCAGUUUGUAAAAUUCAAAUAUUGUGUAGUAGUUUCUAGAUUUUUAAACCAUUCUUGAAAGUGAAUAGUAAAGCUUUCAUUUUAAGUAUAUUAAAAUCUACUCUGUUCUGUUUCUAGUACAAUGGUACAGACACUGAAGUAUGUUUAUGGAAAUCAUGGAAUACGAAGAGGAUUAUACCGAGGAUUAUCCCUGAAUUAUAUUCGGUGUAUUCCUUCACAGGCUGUCGCCUUCACCACCUACGAAUUUAUGAAGCAGUUCUUGCACCUCAAUUAAAGACUCUUAAAUUUUAUUGAAAAACAAUUCUUGUUUUUGUAUUGUAUUUAUCUGUGAAAAUUCCCUUGGGAAUCACUGGUUCUUAUAGUGCUUUCUUUACCAGAAGAAGUAUAGCAUGUAAAUGGGACAGAAGUUGAAUAAGUUCUUUGUUAUGCAUACAUACAGUGUGAAAGGUCACUGAUGGAAAUAAAAAUAAAUUGGGGAAUUUACUGUGAAAAGUAAACCAAUUUUAGAAGUUCCAAAUGAUUGUUUAUUUUUUAAAAAAUCCAUUUCAAUAGGUUUGCUUUCAUUUUUUUAAUUGGAGAGUUUAAGUAUCUGCUUUUCUAAAGGGUUGACAAUAUACCUUAACUAAAACAUAAAAGUAAUUGUAGAUCCGCUUGGAAACCCAUUUUAAUGAAUUCACUUUGACUUGCUUUCAUGCAAUUAAGUUUAAGGUUCUGCUGUGCUUCUGCAGUUAACAUGCCAAUUACUUCAGAAUUUAUUAAUGUAAUCUCAUUCAUGGAUUACAGUCCCUUCAUUUUAUUUUCAGAUUUUCUAGUAGCUAGAAAGUAUAUAAUUUCACAAUUUAUUUCCAUGAUACAGAUCUCCCUGAGUGGGAACUCAAAAGUGGUGCUCGGUUUCUUCCAAGGGGUUUGCAAUACUUAUUUUUUGUCUUUGAACUGUUCAUAAUGCUGCUUUAGAAACUUCUGUUAGAGGUUGGAGUAGAUGCGAUAUAGAAGAUCAUGUGAUGUUUUGGGGCUUGCUUUUAAAAUUGGGAAAGUGGUGCUCUAGGAGGCUGUGUUUAGGCCUUUCCUGCAGUUUAUCCCCCCCCCCCUUGCCCCACAAUAAAGCUGAUACAAGCUUCAUGGGAUGCAGGAGAGUAAGAAACAGCAUCACUGAACUUCAAAUCAGCCACAUGGAGUUCUUGGAUAUAAAGCAAGCAUAGGUGAUUGUUGUCAUGCAUCUCCCAUUUCAUUUCUAUUUUGCCCCUAGAACACUUUGUCAUUAAGCUCUGGGAACUGUUUCCAAGAAAGUAAGUCUAAAGCCUUAUUGGACUCCUGGAAUUCCAUGACCUUUUGGAUACUGGAUCUUACUUUUCUAUAUGACACACCUCCCCAUUCUAGUCAUGCCUACUCAGAAGUAAGUCCCACUGAAUUCAGUGGAGCUCUCAGGUAAACGGGUACAGGCAGUAGCCUAAAGAAGCCUAUCAUUAACCCAGCACUAUCCAGCGGUUCUCAACCUGUGGGUCCCCAGAUGUUGUGGGACUACAACUCCCAUCAUCCCUGAGCUCUAGCUAGGGGUGAUGGGAGUUGUAGUUCAACAACAUCUGGGGACCCACAGGUUGAGAAAGGCUGCUUGAAACCCUUUCAUGCCAUUUCUGACUUCUCUCUGAUGUGUCUGUAUCACCUGACCCCUCUGCUUUCCAUGUGUUGGAGGGGGAACUUUUACAGUGCGGCGGCUUCCUGAUGCAUAUAUUCACCCUCCAAUGCAUAGAAGGUGGAGAGUCUGGGGGAGGGGACAUGCGGGGGGAAGAGGUACAGUCUUACUCCCCCCUCUCACAAACAUGAGCAAUUGCACAGAUGUUAUGUGAUUAAUUAGGAAACACAUUUAAAAUGUGCUUUAACUUGUUUUAAGCUGCUGCUGAUUUGGAUUUGAUUUAUAUGAUUCAGUACUUCUACAAUGGUAGGGGGCAUGAGGAAACAGAAAUGAACUUUAUGGGUCCAAUAUUAAAAGUACACAAGGCUAUUGAAAGUUGAGGUUCUCCUACAAUUUAUAGCAGUCUUCACGAAGCAGGGGCUGAUGGGAGUUGGCACCAGGUUGGUUAAGGCUGAUUGAUAGCACUUCAUCUAAUGCUGUAUCUAUAUGAGUAAGCAGGGUCCUAUCCUCGCAUGGAUUUUGUUUUGGUAAGAUUGAGAACAUCUAAAACAUUUUACGUACGGACCAAGAUGCGCACACUUCUGCUGGAAGGUUAAUGAAUACUUUUACUACAAGGCCACCUUUCCUGAACAAGCAGAAAUUUGCAGCUUUAACUACUUGCUAUGUUUCCCCCAUGCAGCCUGUAUUACAAAGAUGAAGAACCUGUUCUUCUCCAGAUGUUGAUGGACUCCAAUUCCAGUAAAAAGUGAUCCGGGAUGAAAGUUGUAGUCACAGAGUUCUGGAGGGCCAUAGGUUCCCCAUCCCUGCUGUAUAUUCUACUGCACUGAGUGAUUUUCUUCUUCUGUGCCUUCUAUUAUGGCUUCUCUGGUAACAGGAUGCAACUUUAUUAAUUCUUCACUUAUCUCUCAGUGUUGAAAAAAGUCUACUCAGCAGUGGGAGCUUGGGCUUUUCAGUAAAGUUCUAGCCACAUUGCAUGAUGACGUGGGGGUGGCAUAUCCUAUUUUGCUGCUUGAGGCUGUCUGUUACCCCCACCCCCCGCUGGUGCAGAAGCAUCAAUGCUGAUUUCCAGUGAGAUUUUGCAAUGCUGGCAUUGCUUCUCCCCCAGUGGUGGAGGUGGCGGGGCUUCCACCCUGAGGUGGCGGCAUCACCCCACCUAAUGGCUGGCCCGGCCCUGAGAUUACAGCUUUGCUGUCCACUGUUGGUUUGGCUAUGUCUUUUUUUUCAAGAGGACCUGCCCACUUUUUGCAACAAAUCCUACCUAUUUUGCCUAUUGGUUUUAUGGAUAGGUCAGUUUUAGGAAGCCUGGAUAAGUGUCUUCCCUUUCAAUAGCAGCCUUCCAAUUUCACCUUCCUAUUGCUAGGAGCAAUUUGUAUGUCUUGGUUAUUUUUUUAAAAUGGGUUUAUUUGAUUAAGAGAGUCUGAUUUUGCCAAACUUAAAUGCUAAAGCUUUUGCAACACUUCUCAAAAUGUUUUAUGUAAAGCGAUAUAAUUUAUUUUUUGUAAAUAUUGUAUAUGGAGUAUGAAACUGGUAAGAGCUAUGUUACCAAAUCUAGCAGCAGCUGUAAAAAUUGCUUUUAGUAAUAGUCCAUAGCUGGGACAUAACAAGUUCUGUGGUUUGGCAUUUUUUAUUUUAUUGAAAUAUGUGUCUUUUGACAUUUGAUAUUAUUAUUGUCCAAGAGAUGUAUCUAUUUUAUUUUAAACUGAAAUGUCUUGAAUAGCAAUAUGACUAAGCAUACCAGCCAAUAUAAAAGCAUGUGUUUGGAAUUUUAUAUUUUUUUCUGUUUUAUGCGGUUUUAAAAUGUUUGAUGAAACAAUAUUAAAGUGACUGCAGUU